CUGAGGUUGCCUCGGGAGAUAAGAGAACAUAUAUACAGAUAUCUGCUGCCACGCACAAUUGAGCACUCGAAGCCCAAUCCAUUGGCCCAGCAUGCCCGCAACUUCUCUGCCGUCAAGAAGCGCUUCACUCGUGGAAUGAUGGUUCCGCAGAGCGACACAGGGUAUUCCAGGGCAGCGCACAUAGUCUGGCAAAAGGGCAAUAUCCGCCUGCUGUCCGUGUGUCGACAAAUACAUGAUGAAUGUGCAGGUAUGCUGUAUGGGGACAACACAUUUCUUCUCUUCAUCACAUAUCUCAGUGUCUCGUUCCGCUUCAACUGGCUGCUGCUCUCUGGAAUGACUCCGCAAAGAAAGUAUGACUUUUUGGAACUCUUGCCUGCGAGGUAUAUGAAACUCGUCAAACGUGUCGUCGUCAAUCUCGACCACGUCGACUCGUACACGGGCAUGAUCAAGUACAACGUGAGCGGCAAAGGUUUGACCCAUGGACUACGAAAACAAGUCCAACGCCUCGUCAAUGGAUUG